CACGAUCACGAUCACAGAUAGAGAUCCGCAUCUAUCUCACUUUGUUGUUUGCAUUCGUUUCAUUAUUGGAGAUAUUGCUCACCAUGUCAACUACAACCACCACCACAACCACCCACACCAGCACGCUCUCCAUCCUCUCCGACUACGAAAUCCACCACACUGGCUCGGAAACCCAGCCUCAACCUCAGGCACCCAGCACCUCCACACCUGCUGUAUCCCAGCCCGUGGACUGGCCGUCCAACUACAGACGCGUGCCUCCGUAUCGGCCUGCGAACCGGAAUCUGGACUAUGACGAGCGCGCAGCUGGGGCCAGUCCGGCCGAGUAUGUGUUUAUCCAGUCUAUGUUGCAUGGGGUGUGGCUGAAUGCGGCUGUUUCGCGACUGUGGAGGUUCACGGGUGGGAGGAUUAAUGAUAAGAUCUUUCAUUAUGAGAUUGGGGGGGAGUGGUGAUCUUGUUUACAGAGUUGGAAUGCAAUAUCUAUUCAUUGAC